AUGCCAUACCCAGAUGUUGAAUCCGUUUCUUCUUCAAACAAUCGGCUUAUCACCGAGGAGCUAGAUUACGACGUUCCCGUUAUAAAGAAUGACUAUGAUCGUAUGUUUCUUGCAUUAACAAAUGAGCAACGUAAUAUUUCCCUAAACAUCAUGAGUGCUAUUCAAGAAAAUAGAGGUGUCUUCAUUGUUUACGGUUAUGGUGGAACGGGUAAAACUUUUUUAUGGAAAACAAUAUCUGCAUCAAUUAGAUCUGAAGGAAAUCUUGUAUUAAAUGUUGCUUCAAGCGGUAUUGCUUCCUUAUUAUUUCCUGGUGGUAGAACAACACACUCUCGAUUUAUAAUUCCAUUUGAGCUUACAGAGGAUUCUUUUUGUAACAUAAAUCCAGACGGUGAGUUGGCAAGCUUAAUAAGAAAAACCUCUUUAAUAAUUUGGGAUGAAGCACCUAUGGUCCAUAAGCAUGCAUUUGAAGCUUUAGAUCGAACUUUUAAGGAUUUACUAAGGUGCGUAAAUUCAACAAUCUCAAAUAUUCCAUUUGGAGGGAAAGUUAUUGUCUUUGGAGGAGAUUUUAGACAGAUUCUACCUGUUGUUCCGGGUGGCAGUAGACAGAACAUUGUAAAUGCUUCUUUGAGUUCUUCAUAUUUAUGGGAACAUUGCAAAGUCCAUAGAUUAACAAAAAACAUGAGGCUAACUGUUGGAAGGGAUCAACCAGAUAUAGGAAAAAUAAGAGAUUUUGCAAAUUGGUUGUUGGAUAUAGGAGAAGGAAAACUUGGUGGUCCGAACGAAGGUGAAACGAUUAUCAAUAUUCCGGAUGAUAUUCUCAUUAACGAUUCACAUGAUCCUAUAGGUUCCUUAAUUGAGUUUGUAUAUCCUUCAAUUUUAGAGAACUAUAGCGAUAUAAAUUAUUUCCAAGAAAGAGCGAUACUUGCUCCGAAAAAUGAAGUUGUCCAGGAAAUAAACGGCCGUUUGCUUAAGAAGUUUCCAGGAGAUGAAGUUGAAUAUUUAAGUUCAGACAACAUAUGUGAAUCCGAAUUUCUCCAUGAUCAAUUUGAUGCAAAUCUAUACUCUCCUGAUGUAUUAAAUGGUCUCAAAGUAUCCGGUUUACCAAAUCAUAAGUUAGUUUUAAAAAUUGGUGUUCCAGUAAUGUUACUGAGAAAUAUUGAUCAGAAAAACGGCUUAUGUAAUGGCACAAGACUACAGGUGUUAUCAUUGGGCAAACGUGUUAUUGAGGCACGUAUAAUAACUGGAACUAAUAUUGGAAAUCGGACUUUUAUUCCAAGAAUGUCUUUAACUCCAUCAGAAAAAAAGAUUCCCUUCAAAUUCACAAGAAGACAGUUUCCUUUGGCCGUAUGUUUUGCAAUGACUAUUAAUAAAAGUCAAGGACAAUCAUUAUCAAAGGUUGGUUUGUUUCUGAAAGAUCCAGUUUUUUCACAUGGACAAUUGUAUGUUGCCUUAUCUAGAGUUCAGAGCAGAGAGGGAUUAAAAUUAUUAAUUUUAGAUAAAGAUGGAAAACUCACAAAUAAAACUUCCAAUGUUGUUUAUAAGGAAGUUUUUCGAAAUUUGUAG